AUGUCUCAAAAUUGGUGCAUUGAGAUGAUAUUAAGUAAUCUAUUCUUGUAUGGAUGUGAUGGUGGUAAGGAGGAGGCUGUGCUCACGGAUGUCAUGAUGCAUGGGCGUUGCAUGAUGAUUACGGAGGAAGCUGGAAGCUGUCAAGUUAUACUAGAGAGGGAAGAGAGAAAGGAAGAGAAGGAAGAUAAAAAAGAGAGAGAUUAUACGAGUACGUUUGAGCAACCAGUUCUCUCUCUCUCUCUCGCCCUCUCAACUGGUGAGAAUCGAAGAACUCGAGGGACUCUCAAUCAAUCGAUGAAGCUUGGUUAA